AUAAUUUUGAAUUCUACGUUGAACUUCGUAGCCUCUGUUUUAGAAGGUCCAGAGUACACUUUGCCGCUCAUAAGACACUUCCAUGAUUCACUCAGUAAUCAACUAACUGUAAAAAGGGGCAAUCCAUAGAUGACGACGACCCCGAAAGACCACAUAGAAGAGAUUCGCAGAUGCAAGUUUUCAAUCGGAGGAGAGCCCAACCCUCUGACGGAGGACCUCCACCAAGCCGUCAAAAACCUUUCCGCAGAGCUCUACUCCAAAGAUGUCCACUUUCUCAUGGAACUCGUACAGAAUGCGGAGGAUAAUGAGUACGGGGAUGGAGUCGAGCCUUCACUGGAAUUCGUCAUCACGUCUAAAGACAUAACGGAAACGGGAGCCAGUGCCACUCUGCUGAUAUUCAACAACGAAAAAGGGUUUUCCCGCAGGAACAUUGACUCCAUUUGCAGCGUAGGCCGUUCCACGAAGAAAGCCAACCGCAAAAGUGGCUAUAUAGGCGAGAAAGGGAUUGGUUUUAAGAGUGUAUUUCUUAUCUCUGCUCGGCCCUACAUAUUUAGCAAUGGCUACCAGAUUCGAUUUAGUGAGGAACCUUGUCGUCAUUGCAACGUUGGCUACAUUGUACCAGAGUGGGUAGAUGAGAACCCUAUCCUUGCACGCAUAAAACUGAUCUAUGGUUCUUCUUCGACUAGACUCCCUACCACAACUAUAGUGUUGCCAUUAAAAUCCGACAAGGUGAAGCCUGUAAAGCAGCAACUUUCUAACAUUCAUCCUGAGCUCCUCUUGUUCCUUACUAAGAUAAGGCAGCUCUCUGUCAGAGAAGCCAAUGAAGAUAAACGACUUAACACGGUGAGCGCCAUAUCUAUUUCAAGCGAGAGGGACCUUGUAAAGAAGAAAAACAUUGAUGCUGAGUCCUACUUGCUAAUCCUCUCUGCUGAUGAAAAGGUGGGUAACACAGAACAGUGCAGCUACCACAUGUGGAGACAAAGGUUUCCAGUUCCGCAAGGUCACAGAGUUGAUAAAAGAAAGGAUGUUGAUGAGUGGGUGAUCACGCUCGCAUUUCCAUAUGGAGAGCGUCUUAACGGGGGGCUUAGCUCUCCCGGCAUCUAUGCUUUUCUUCCUACAGAGAUGUUCACAAAUUUUUCAUUUAUAAUUCAAGCUGAUUUCAUGUUGUCAUCUUCGAGGGAAGCCAUUCUUUUAGAUGACAAAUGGAACCAGGGAAUAUUCAACUGUGUUCCACUGGCCUUCUUAGGGGCUUUCACCUCAUUAGUCAAAGACAACCAAGACGUACCGGUCAGGACCCUGGUUAAUAUGUUCGGCUUUUUACCUGUCAGCAGCUCUUCUUAUUCAAGCCUUAAUGCCAUAAGUUGUUCAAUCAAAGAAAAACUGCUUCACGAGGAUAUAAUUCCUUGUCAGUCUUACACAGAACAAAGGAUUUUCCGGAAACCAUCUCAAGUGGGUAGGCUAAAACCUGUCUUUUGGAGCUUGCUGAGCAAGGCAAGGAAGCAAGGUGUUGCUUUGCACAACAUAUCUUCCCACGGGAUACACAUUCUGAAUUCUGCAUUUGAUUGUGAGGAGUACAACCACAUUUUGAACUUUUUGGAAGUGAAGCGUGUUGAUAAUGAGUGGUAUUCAAGGUGCAUUCAGAGUUCUGAUCUUGUUUUGGGAGUGUCUGAAGAUCUUUACAUGGAGCUUUUGUUGUUUGUUGCUAAAAACUGGACGCAGUCUUUCUCAAUGACUAAUAUGGUGAAUAUACCAUUACUGAAGUAUGUUGACAUGAAUGGGCAUGAAGCGCUGUGUAGCACAAACGAUGCCUCCAAGGGUAAUCCCACAUUGCUUCUCUCCACUGAAUCGAAUCAAAUAUCUUGGCUUAUUAGUUGGAACAAAGAAUUUCGAUGUGUCAAUGGAUAUUUCUUUGUUGAACCAACACAAGAAGCAUUUCAUAGUGGUUCUAAGUGGCAGAGUGUGUUUGAGUGGCUUCUCAGUGAGGUAAAUGCUCACUCUGUUGACGUGCAUGACUAUGCAAUUCUCAUCCGUGACUCAUUGGUUCAUGAAUCAAAGCUUGUCCUUGCAUAUGCUCAUUUCCUGUAUCACUCAUUUGUGAAGCUUUAUCUCACAGCUACACAAGUUGGUUCGCUAUGCAGUGAAAUGCCUCUGGUUGAUAGCUAUGGACGGGUGGUCUAUGGAAAAAGAGGUGGUGUUAUUGUACCUGCAAAUGGAAGUAAAUGGAUUCAACUGGUCGGUUCAAAUCCAUUGAUAAGUAAGGGUUACAUUGAGCUUGGAGGAGACUAUUUACAUUCUCGAAGAUAUGCUGAUAUAUUUACCAAGAAAGAGGAGCUGCUCGAAUUUUUAAAAGUUCAUGCUCAUGCUUCAGAUAUUCCCAACUUGCCUCCUCCAGAUCAUGCACUAUCCAGUUUGUCUUCCCCGCUAACAAGGGAAAAUGUGUUCCUGCUCCUAGAUUGGAUUCGUAAUAUACGAAUGAAUCGAAUGUCAAUGCCAGAGAGGUUCUCUGCAUCCAUGCAACAAGGACGUUGGCUUAGAGUCUGUCUAUGCGGUGGUCAUGGAUAUAGGCCUCCAUCACAAUCCUUCUUCCAUUCCUCUUCAUGGGGACAUCAUUUGCAGAAUGGAUCUGUACGUGUGGAUAUCCCAUUAGUUGACAAGGAUUUUUAUGGUGAUGCAAUAGACAAGUAUCAGGAUGAACUGAGAACUGUUGGUGUCAUGUUUGAAUUUAAGGAAGCUUGUCAAUUUAUGGGGAAGCACUUUAUGUCUCUGGUCGCUUCUUCUAGUUUGACAAAAUCUGAUGUAUUUUCCAUGCUUAAUUUCAUUAGGCACUUGAGGAAUAAGUAUUUAUCGCCAGAUGACUUCAUCAUCAGUAUUAAAGAUGGAAUUUGGUUGCAGACGGUGCUAGGUAAGAGAAGCCCAGGGCAAUCAGUUUUCUUUGAUAACGAUUGGGAUGCUGCUGUACAGCGACAUCCCAUUUGUUGAUCAAAAUUAUUAUGGUCAGGAUAUUCAAGCUUUCAAGGAAGAAUUCAAGUUGCUGGGUGUUGUCUUUGGUUUAAAACAGAAUUAUCAGCUAGUUGUCGCCAACUUGAAACCCUCAGAAAAGUUGAUUUCACUUGGUGCUGAAGCCGCACUCAUGGCACUAGAGUGUAUAUGUCACCUAAAUUUAAAUCCUUCUAACAGGCUAUGCACUGCACUAAAGGGAAAUAGAUGUCUAAAAACGGUGAAUCAUGGGUACAAAUCUCCUGCUGAAUGUUUCCUGCCCGAUCCAACCUGGGCUUGCCUUCUCCAGGUCUUCGACAGCUUCCCCCUCAUCGAUGAAAAGUUCUAUGGAAGCAAAAUCUUGCAGUUUAAGAAUGAACUACUCAAUUUAGGGGUAACAGUUACAUUUGAGAAAGUUAUUGAAUCAUUUCGUCAUGCUUUUUGGCAGCAUGUGUCUAAAUGUGCUUUGAGUAAGAGCAAUGCCCUCUCUUUUCUUGAAUGCUAUAGGAAUUUUGAAAAAGAAGGUUUCGACUUGUUAGGCUGUAUUGGGAAAUGCAUUCUUGAAGCCAAGUUGCUGAAAACUAGGCUUGGAGUUGCCAGCACACCGGAAGAGUGCAUCUUGAUAGGUGAUAGGGACCUACCUAUUAGUUUAAUAAUAGAAAUAAUAAUAAUAAUAAUAAUAAUAAUAAUAAUAAUAGUAAUAAGGGCUUAUAUAGUAUUUUAGUAUAAAUAGAUGUAAUGAGGGGUUAGUAGGGAAGGCUUUUAGACAUUUGGUCUUGGGACUGGGAAGGAUACGAGACUGAACAUCUCGAUCUUUUGGGGCUUCGGCUUUGGGGGCUUCGGCCUUGUUCAUUGUUUCUUUUCUGUAAUCGAUAUCUUCUUGAAUAAAAUUCUUCAUCUGAUUUCUUGUUACUCUUCUUGUAACGGUUCUGGAAUCUGGAGGUAUCUAUCAUUGGUAUCAGAGCCAUACUUCAGACCAAGAAUCUGAAUCAUGGAAGAAUUUUGUACACCAGAAAUGGAGAAGAGGAUGGAGUCGCUGGAGAGGGAGCAGACAUCGAUGAUGAAGAAAUUAACAGAUAUGAGAAAAAUGGCAGAAAAGAUGACCCGACAGUUAGAGGCGAUGAACGAAUUUCAGGCGAGAAGACGUUCAUCAACAACGACCAGUUCGCAGAUGCGAAUUAAUUGCCCCAGGGUAUCGCUAAGUGCGCAGACUGUGUCGCGCGAAGAAGCUCCCAGAUCGCACCGAUCUUCAUCGCGAGAGGCUUCUAACAGUUCGCGGACUCGAACUUCCUCUCACAGUUCGAAGUCGCGAACGUCAUCAUCAUCCAGCAGUUCACGACCAAGUCCAACGCGAGUGAGAGGAGAAUCGUCAACUUCAUCGACAGUUGAGCAUCGUUGUUAUCGUUGUUCGCAGAGUUCCUCACAUAGCUCUUCUCUUAGCUCUUCGCCUCACCGUUCUCAGAAUUCUUCACCUGCUAUCAGUUCGCGUCCAAGAAAGACGCGAGUGAGAGAAGAAUUCCCAUCUUCGUCGCAAGCUGUUUCCCUGAGUUCGCAGGUCUUUUCACCUUUAUCGUUCGCAGAUUCUGUCUCUUUCAGUUCUCAGUUGUCGACUCUAGCAGUUCCUUACCAUGCGCACACUUCAUCAAUUUUAAUAGCCGUAGACCAAGCUGUGUACCAAGCUGUAUACGAAAAUGGAUCACAGGGAACUUUAUCGCCAAUGAUGAAUACUGAGUUGAAGUUGUCAGAAUUGAAAGAGCAGGAGGAGGAAGUCACUAACGCAGAUAAGUCAAAAAGGACAGGAGUGUUUGUUCGUGCUGAAACAGAAUACUUAUCAUUUCCAUGGAGGGAGAAGUGUGCUGCUUAUACUCAAAGUCAGGACCAAAAUCUGGUCGGUGAAGGCUUUGAGUUAUUAUGGGAUGCCUUGGCAAUGCGAUUUGUGAAUAAUAAGCCACAAACUAGUGCAAUUGAAGGAUCAAUUUUCACUCAUUCAGAGGUCAAUCCUGGGAUGAUAAUAAAGGGUAAAUUUAAUAUUGCUGACAGUUUUUGUAUCAUUGUACAAUGUGCAAGUGGUGUGUCUGCUCGUUAUCUAGAGCUAUUGACUGAAUUUUUUCCCAAAAACAAAGCUAAGGAUGACAGGGAAAUAGAUACCUAUGAGCAGUCAUUUUGUAUUUCAACUGAUGUUUCAUUUAGUCAAGAAUGCUGUCUUUUUAAACGCCAGCUUGUCAAGCUUAUAUCUUGGAGCUCCGCAGAGUUUGGAUUGGAAUGGACAGAUAAGUUUGCUCUUGGCAGCAAUGUUGAGGGACAGGUUUAUAACAUAAAGGAGUUUGUUGUGGUCCCUGAAGUUCGUUCUUUAGCUGCAAGAGUUUUUGGCUCUCUUAUGAGGAAAAGGGAAGAAGAGAACAGGCCAGACUGGGGUCCUUGGCAGUUAGAAAAUCUGACAUCGCAUGGUAGCAUUGUUGUGCACAACUUAUGUUGGCUGUUGAAGUUGUAUAAGACAAAUCCUGCUAUUACAAAUGAUUCUAUCAUUGAUACUAACUGCCUGACAAAGUGGAUUGUAAAUGGAGAAAUUUGCAUGGGGCUUGUUGCAGACAAUGAGUUGAGUAACUUGAAUAACAUCAAAUAUGCAUCCAGCACAUUGAUAACUCCAGAAUUGAGAAUCCUUGAAGAUGAAAACAAGGAAACAAUUGCAGCUAGUGAAUGCUUGGAGGCUACUGCAACAAAUGAAAUUGCAGUGAUUUGGAAGGAACAAAUACCAAAGCUUCUGGUCCAGCAAGCAGUUAUGUACUGGGAAGGGAGAGGAGCAAGGAAGAGGAAGAAGCAGAAGAUUCUGGCUGUCUCCUACCGCCCACCUUGAGGGCAAGGUGGAUGUUUAGGGGGGGAGUAUUGAUAGGGACCUACCUAUUAGUUUAAUAAUAGAAAUAAUAAUAAUAAUAAUAAUAAUAAUAGUAAUAAGGGCUUAUAUAGUAUUUUAGUAUAAAUAGAUGUAAUGAGGGGUUAGUAGGGAAGGCUUUUAGACAUUUGGUCUUGGGACUGGGAAGGAUACGAGACUGAACAUCUCGAUCUUUUGGGGCUUCGGCUUUGGGGGCUUCGGCCUUGUUCAUUGUUUCUGUUUCUUUUCUGUAAUCGAUAUCUUCUUGAAUAAAAUUCUUCAUCUGAUUUCUUGUUACUCUUCUUGUAACGGUUCUGGAAUCUGGAGGUAUCUAUCAAUAGGCAAAGGUUGGGAACCAAUUACGUCCAUCACUCUAUUACCAUUUCUUGAUGAUGCUUACUAUGGCCAGGACAUUUUUCAGUACAAAGACGAGCUUAAGAGAAUGGGUGUAGCUACCACUUUCAAAAAAUGCUCAAAGUUCAUUCCAGAAAGCCUUCGUUUACCUCAAAAUCCCAGUCAUAUAUCAUCUCCCGCUGCAUUUUCACUUCUGAAGUGCAUGAAGAAUUUACAAAUGGAUGUUGAUGAGAAGCGGAUCUCCGUUCUCCGGGAAAAGCUUGAUCAGAAAUGGAUCAAGACACAAGCAGGCUACCGAUGUCCAAAAGAGUGUCUGCUAUUUGAUUCAAAUUGGAAUGAAACCUUGAAGCAAGAGGAUGGACCCUUCAUUGAUGAAAAGUUUUAUGGUCCAGUUAUUUCGUCAUACACAAGAGAACUUGAAGCUCUGGGGUUAGUGGUUGAGGUGGAAAAUGGAUGCUCAUUGAUCGCCGACUACCUUGAUGUUCACUCUAAUCGCACCACAAUCAAUCGAGUAUACACAUACUUGAAUGAUCAAGGGUGGCCUACUACUAGCCGCAAUAAAGAUGUGAAUUCAACUAUCAAGAUAUGGAUUCCCACCGGGGAGAAUAGUGGAAACUGGGUGAAACCUCAAAGCUGCGUUCUUCAUGACAAAACUGGUCUUUUUGGUUCACAAAUGUUCGUUUUAGAAAAGUAUUACAGUGGCAAAUUGCUGCUUUUCUUCAGCAAAUUGGGAGUUAAAGAGAAUCCUUCUCUGGUUGACUAUUUCAUACUUUGGAAAGUGUGGGAGUCGGCAAAGAGGGGACUGUUGCCUGCUGAAUGCUGUGCUUUUUGGGAGUUUGUAGUUGAACACUGGAACUCAAGGACACAAAAAGCUAUUGAAGAGAAUUUAUCAAAAUUUCCGGUUUGUUCAGGUUCAGACGGGAUCCUGUUGUUUGACAAAGGUGAUGUUUUUAUUGCCGAUAAUCUCUGCAUGAAGGAGCUUUUCGAACAGAGUUCUGCUCACCCGCUGUUUGUUUGGUACCCACAGCCAAGCCAGUCGUCUUUGCCAAGAACCAAGCUUCUCAAUAUCUACAGGGAAGUUGGAGUUCAGGCUUUGUCAGACACAGUCCGUUGCAAAGAACUUUUUCCAAUAGACUCUACUGGACUGGAAAAGGCCAAUCCAGAAAUGUUCUAUGUCGCGAAAAAUAUGUCCCGUCUGAUUCUUGGAUUUCUAGCUCAGCCUCACAUCGAGAUGGAAGUGGAGAAGAGGCACGUCUUUCUGAGGCGCCUUGUGAAUGCCACCUUUCUGAAAAUGGAAGAACCCAUCCCCGUUUUGUAUAAGCUGUCACUUUCAUCAGGCGAAAUACUGACCGCUAAAACAAGCAGAAUGAUGCGGUGGGAGAGAGAGAGCUCGGAGUUCUUCAUCACAGAAGUGAAUAAAUCAAAUGGUCAUAGAGGUGUCCUAGAGUUUGCUACAAAUUUCUCACAAGAAGUUUCUGAGGGAAUUUUGUGUGAGAAUGAAGAUGAGGUGUGGGAGCUUGCUGAACUAAUCAAGUUGGGCUACAUGGUGGAGUUUGACGAGGAUUCUAUAAAUUUCUUGAUGAAGAUAAAUAAUCUGCAAAUUUUCAUGGAAGAUGAGCAUUUCCUUCUAUCUCUCUUUCCUGCUAUAUAGCAGGGCACAAGGGAGAUGCACAGCUGCAAGGUUAUUGAAGCGUGUAUCAGUAUUGUUUUGAGAUCCAUCCAAUAUAUUGCUGAUCUUUGUCUGCAUAUAUUUUGUUUUGCUUAUAACACUUAAAUAGGUUAUCAGAUCAGAAUAGAAUUUAAGAUGAUAUAAUGAUUAGUUUUUCUUUGAAAUAACAUUAUGGUAAAUGAUAAUGAAUCUAUAAGCCUUUUUGGUGAUGUAUAAAAUGAUUGAAGUAGGUGGAUCUAUAAAUUUGUUUUCGGUUGAACAUAGUGUUCAUUAUGAA